AUGGAUCAAGCUCCAGGGCUCUUCGAUCGGUCUGUAAAUACGACACCAUCUCGUCGUCGUCGCUUGAACUUUGUUCCUCAACCUGAAGAUCGGCUACCGACCACCACCACCACUCCCCAGCCUAACGACCGUACAACAGCUUCGGCUCGAGCCAGAAGAUCGGCACCCAUGGUCUUUGAUCCCGAGAUAGCUACUCCAAACUGGGAGAUAUAUCGAGAUCCAUCAGCCGAGUCCCUCGAAGUAGUGGCUACUCAGCCGGACACGACGGAGCCCACGACAAGUGCUGCGAUAUUGGCACCCACCUCCGCAUCCCCUCAAGCAGCACCCAAUGGCCAACAAGCAACACAUGAUCAUGAUGCAGACACAUCAUCGACUAGCUCCGACCCCUCAACCCGCCCCCAACACCAGAUCGGCCAAGCAGGCGACGAAGCAUCCCGUCAUACACUAGACCGUAUGCUUCGGACCGUGAAUGCGAUUUUCGGUGAGGAGAGGAGACGUCAGCGUCGAUUUCUACGCCGGCAACGACGACAAGCUCAAGAUGGCAAUGGCACUGAUGCUCACGCUCAGUAUGUGAGGCCAACCGAUGCGGAGAUGGUUGCGAGAAUGCAGGCGAGAUACGCAGAGUUGACUUUGCUGGAUGAAGGGGACGGCAACCAGAGAAGUGUGCAAGAGCUUGAAGUAGAGCACGGAUCUGAGCGGCAGCCAGAGCUGGAGCAAAAUGUCAAUCCCGGGCAGGUGGAAGAAUCAAGCCAAGAGCAAGCAUAUGGACACGACCAUGAUCACAGACGAGAAGAUGUAGCAGGCCAACCGCAAGGACAAGACUUUGGUAUCGUACCUGAAGAAAUGACGGGCAGAGAAGAAGUACCAAUCCCACAUCAAGAUUAUCACGACGUGCCAGUGGACACCCAACAGGUUAUUCAGCCACCAGUUCAGCGUACCUCCGGACCUCACGUCAGAGCUCCUACAACUGCAGAACUAAUCUCGGAUUCGCCGCCAACACCAGGAUCAGCCUAUGUCCCACGAGCAGCGCCCACCCCUCGAACAGGAUUGAGUUUCGCAGAGAGAGCGAGAGCGCGAGGAAUGAAUUUCGAUAUGGACGCCGACAUAGCCAUGGACACAGACGUAGAGCUGUACCCACAGGCGAGGAAGAGAGCCAGACGCAUCGCACCAGAUCCCGUAGACGACGACGAGGGAAUGGAUGUGAAUAUGCAGAACCUCGGCCUUGGCACCGUUGGCCAAGCCGAAAUGCCCCCAGAAGAUGAUCUGAAUACGCGUGUUGCCUUGCUAUCAGAGAGAAUGCAAGCUACGCGCGAUAUUGCGACCGCUACUGCUGCUACACUGGGUGAUACUCUUGCUGCUGCUAACGCCCUCGCUGCUGACAUCCCGGCUGAUGUUUCGAUGCAAGAGCCGAUGAUUCCUGAUCCCCAUCAGGCAGUAGAUGCAGAGCCGACAGCUGACGAGUCUCCGCCGGCGGUGGACAAGGAAGCGCGGAAGCCCAAGCAGGAGGAGCGAAAGCAAGGGCGGCGGAAAAUCAAAAAGCCCGUCAAUCGUGAGGCUAGGGGUCUGCAGCGCAUCUGA